UCUCUUAUACAUUGUAGCUAUUCGACUCCUCAGCUGAAACUAUUUUCUCUGACAGCAAAGCGAUACACAAGAGCACAGCUAGGCAAGAAGACACAAUGAAGGCUCUUCAAAUUCUUGUACUCCUGGCCUUGGCAGUCGUGGUGACCCUUGCAUACGAUUCAUAUGAGAGUCACGAGUCUUAUGAACGAUACGAUCCUUUUGUUAACCCAAGAAAUGCCAACUCAUUUAUGAAUUCACAGUACCGAAACAUACGUAUGAAUGAAAGACUCCGUGAGCGUGCCAAGAGCCCCCGGGAACGUCAGCGUGAGACCUGUGAGGAUUAUGAUCCCUGUGAACGUUACGCAAUGCGAUAUGGAUUCACUGCCGCAUACAAGAGAUAUUUUGGACAGCGUAACGGGGAAAAAUAAAUACUAUUAAGAAUCCCUCCAGAAAACAAGACCUCAGUAUCUGAGCUGAAACUUGCUGAGAGUCUUUGUAUCUUUGAAUGAAGUAUCUGCACUUUCUUUUGUUUGUUGAGCUUUCUGCAUGUCGCUGUAAUGUCAGAUGCCAAAGAAAGACAGUUUUGGCACAAAAAUGGGUUACAUUCAUUUUAUAUGUUCCUUUAAUAUCACAUGGUGUAAGUUAAUUCUUGGCUAGUUCUAUUUUGAGAAAUAAAAAGGCUGCUUUUCUACCUAAUGAAAUAA